AGGUAGUAGACGAAGAAGAGCUGCAGGUAAACAUGUCGGCGCGCUCCUGUCACGGAGCAACUCGGGUGAACUUGAAACGCGUUUAGCUCGGCUCGGAUCAGCGUGAGAGAGCCGGAGGAUGGCUCACCGCUACCUGCGGCUGUCGGUGGGCUGCCGCGGCCUGUUCCGCCUGCUGCCGCCCUCCGGAGCUCCGGCCAGGCUGGUAACAUCUUCAACCACAGCACAGGUGCAGAGUGGGCGGAGCCUGCUGAGUGACCUGCUGGGAGCCUACAGGAGGCUGAGCUCAAAACCUCCAAAAGGUUUCGAGAAAUAUUUUCCAGACAGUCAGAAAACGCAGAAACACUCCGAAGCUGAAGCUGCAGCCAAAGAAUCCAAACCCGCUAACUCACAGAGAGCAUCGGGGAGGUCAACAGGAGGAGGGGGGGGAGCAGGUGGCAGCGGCGGCGGGGGAAAGCGAGGAGGUCGUAAGGAUGAGUCGCACUGGUACAGCCGUCUGCAGAAGGGGGAGGUGCCCUGGGACGAUAAGGAGUUCCGGAUGUACUUCCUGAGCGGGGUGGCGUUCUGCACCACUGUCACUUACUACUUCUUCCUGAGGGACGGAGGACGCGAGGUCACCUGGAAAGACUUUGUCAACAACUACCUGUCCAAAGGCGUGGUGGAUCGGUUGGAGGUGGUGAACAAGCGCUACGUGAAGGUGGUUUUCUCUGCGGGGAAGACGCCGGUGGACGGGCAGUACGUCUGGUUCAACAUCGGCAGCGUGGACACGUUCGAGAGGAACCUGGAGACGGCGCAGUACGAGCUCGGCAUCGAGGGCGAGAACAGGCUGCCCGUGGUCUACUCCACCGAGAGCGACGGCACGUUCCUACUGAGCAUGCUCCCCACCGUGCUCAUCAUUGGCUUCCUACUCUUCAUGCUGCGGCGAGGACCGGCAGGGGCGGGACGUCCUGGCCGGGGGAUGGGCGGGCUGUUCAGCGUCAGCGAGACGACGGCGAAGAUUCUGAAAGACGAAAUCGACGUGAAGUUCAAAGACGUGGCGGGCUGCGAGGAGGCCAAGCUGGAGAUCAUGGAGUUCGUGAACUUCCUGAAGAACCCCAAACAGUACCAGGACCUCGGCGCCAAGAUCCCCAAGGGCGCCAUCUUGACCGGUCCUCCUGGCACCGGAAAAACGCUUCUCGCCAAAGCAACGGCGGGCGAGGCAAACGUGCCCUUCAUCACCGUCAACGGCUCUGAGUUCCUGGAGAUGUUUGUGGGCGUCGGCCCCGCCAGGGUGAGAGAUCUGUUCGUCAUGGCGAGGAAGAACGCCCCCUGCAUCCUCUUCAUUGACGAGAUCGACGCUGUGGGGCGCAAAAGGGGGCGGGGCAACUUUGGCGGUCAGAGUGAGCAGGAGAACACGCUGAACCAGCUGCUGGUAGAGAUGGACGGCUUCAACACCGCCACCAACGUGGUGGUCCUGGCGGGAACCAACAGACCCGACAUCCUGGACCCGGCGCUGAUGAGACCCGGCCGCUUCGACAGACAGAUCUACAUCGGCCCUCCUGACAUCAAAGGUCGGGCGUCCAUCUUUAAAGUCCACCUGCGGCCCCUGAAGCUCGAGCCUGACAUGGACAAAGACUCUCUGGCCAGGAAGAUGGCCGCCCUCACACCUGGAUUCUCAGGUGCCGACAUCGCCAACGUUUGUAACGAGGCGGCUCUGAUUGCCGCUCGCCACCUUUCAGACGCUAUCAGCCAGAAGCACUUCGAGCAGGCCAUCGAGAGGGUCAUCGGAGGCCUGGAGAAAAAGACUCAGGUCCUGCAGCCAGAGGAGAAGAAGACGGUGGCGUAUCAUGAGGCCGGGCACGCCGUAGCCGGAUGGUUCCUGGAGCACGCCGAUCCGCUGCUGAAGGUGUCCAUCAUCCCCAGAGGGAAGGGUCUGGGCUACGCGCAGUACCUGCCCAAAGAGCAGUACCUGUACACAAAGGAGCAGCUGCUGGACCGCAUGUGCAUGACUCUGGGGGGCCGAGUCUCGGAGGAGAUCUUCUUCGGCCGGAUCACCACGGGCGCUCAGGACGACCUGCGAAAGGUGACGCAAAGCGCCUAUGCCCAGCACAGCAGCAGAGAGCUCUGAUCCACCUCGGCUGUGAUCCACGGCAGCUCUGAUCCACGGCAGCUCUGAUCCACAGCUGCUCUGAUCCACCUCGGCUGUGAUCCACGGCAGCUCUGAUCCACGGCAGCUCUGAUCCACGGCUGCUCUGAUCCACCUCGGCUGUGAUCCACGGCAGCUCUGAUCCACCUCGGCUGUGAUCCACGGCGGCUGUGAUCCACGGCGGCUGUGAUCCACGGCGGCUGUGAUCCACGGCAGCUCUGAUCCACGGCAGCUCUGAUCCACCUCGGCUCUGAUCCACGGCAGCUCUGAUCCACGGCGGCUCUGAUCCACGGCGGCUCUGAUCCACGGCGGCUCUGAUCCACGGCAGCUCUGAUCCACGGCAGCUCUGAUCCACGGCGGCUCUGAUCCACGGCAGCUCUGAUCCACGGCUGCUCUGAUCCACCUCGGCUGUGAUCCACGGCAGCUCUGAUCCACGGCAGCUCUGAUCCACCUCGGCUGUGAUCCACGGCGGCUGUGAUCCACGGCGGCUGUGAUCCACGGCGGCUCUGAUCCACGGCAGCUCUGAUCCACCUCGGCUCUGAUCCACGGCGGCUCUGAUCCACGGCAGCUCUGAUCCACGGCAGCUCUGAUCCACCUCGGCUCUGAUCCACGGCGGCUCUGAUCCACGGCAGCUCUGAUCCACGGCAGCUCUGAUCCACCUCGGCUCUGAUCCACGGCAGCUCCAGAAGUCUUAAGGCUCUGUGUAGUUUGGGCCCAGCGCACCAAUCAGAAUGAGCCUCUCAGGUUUAACUUUAGAAACACCUGAGAAAGAGUCGCCAGCACUUGGAUCCACAGUCUAAGCCAGAGUCUUGAAGCUCAAUCAUCUGUUCAUCUGGACGUUUCAUCAUCAUCAGGUGACGUCUUCAGUCUCAGCUGAAUGCAGGUUUCAACCUUAUAAACAGGACGUCUGCACAGAGACUGACUGCAGCACCACUGAUGGAACGAUGGGCAUUUACAUGAACUGUGACUCGAGGAGGGGGCCUAACCUGUCACCAUCUUACAAUGCUGUGAUUGCAGCCGUUCCCCACCUCUCUGUGAACGCGACUCAUGGCCAUUGAUCAGUGGCUGUUGAUGAGUGGUCGUGACAGUUUGCAUAUUAAUGAUCAUAAACUGACCUGACAGCCCAUUGGUCGUCAGGUGUCAGUCGUUGUGCAGAUGUCCAAUAAGACUGAAACCUGCAGUCAGCUGAGACUGAAGGAGUCACCCGACGAAGAUGAAACGUUCAAAUGAACAGAAUCAAGCUUUUGGGAUUAUUUCCAGAGGCUCAACAGCUUCAGGCUGUGUGAGGCAGGUGUGAUACCUGAGAGGUGUUGCAGGUGUUCACCGUAAGUCUCAGGAUGACGUUCGACUGAUUUGAAGAAGGAGAACCUUUAAAGCCGAGUUCGGUGGGAGACGUGAACCUCGAAGCUUUGGCUCUUUGAUGAGCUCCAGUCGUGUUUUUGUUAGUGCAGGUUUUGGAAAUGAAGUUGUUCCCGUCUGUCCGUGGUGUCGGUUCCUGUGGGGGUUCUGCUCGGCCUGACCUCCUGCUCUUGUGUUCUC